AGAUGUCAUGGGAGGGGCUGGGAAUAUAUCCCUCCGCCCACACUGUCUUUGUUGUCGUUGGUACUGUGGCUUUUGGUGGUGUUGUAACGCAGAAGACGACCAUCUAGCCUGGUACCCCUUUCGCAGUAGCAAAAGCACUUUCUCAGCGGAGGAGAGUGAAUCUGCGACGGGGAAGGGGAGCACGGAUUCACGGACUUCAAUCAUGGCUACCGAAACGACAUCGUCCUGUACUGGCUCCAAUUUACUGCAGCCCAUAAGCGAGAUAAUCAAUCUUCCGCUAGACCAGGUGAACUUUGUGGUGUGCCAGCUGUUUGCCCUGCUCACAGCCUUGUGGUUCCGUCUCUAUCUCCACCCCAGUAAGGCCAGUCCUUUCAUCAGGCAUGUGGUGGCUACACUACUUGGCUUCUACCUGGCCCUCUUCUGCUUCGGCUGGUACGCCUUACACUUCCUGGUCCAGAGUGGCCUGACCUACAGUAUCAUGGUCUUUGCAGGGCUGGAGCACAUGCACAAGUUAUGCUUCAUAGUUGCUCUGGGUUACCUCAGCUUCUGUCAGAUAACCCGGGUCUAUGUCUUUGACUAUGGCAUGUACUCUGCAGACUUCACCGGGCCAAUGAUGGUCAUCACUCAGAAGAUCACCAGCUUGGCGUUUGAGAUACACGACGGCUUGGCGAGGAAGGAGGAACAGCUGACCCCCAGUCAGAGAUGCCUAGCUGUAAGGAAGAUGCCCAGUCUGCUGGAGUACCUGAGCUACAACUGUAACUUCAUGGGCAUCCUGGCCGGGCCCACCUGCUCCUACAACGACUACACGGCCUUCAUCGAGGGCACGGCCUACCAGCCUCGCCACCUGGAGGCCAACGGGACGGAGAACGGGAAGCACAAGCAUACGGAGCCCUCGCCCAAGAACAACGUGAUCUCCAAGCUGUGCACUUGUGCCAUCUCCCUGGCCGUCUUCCUGUCCGUGUCGAAGAUCUUUCCUGUGGAGCGCUCCAUCGACGACAAGUUCAUGGCCUCUACCCCCUUCAUCCUCCAGGUCCUCUACCUGUACCUCUCCAUGCUGGCCACCCGGCCCAAGUACUACUUCAUUUGGACCCUGUCUGAUGCCAUCAACAACGCUGCAGGCUUCGGCUUCAAUGGCUACAACAAAGAUGGCACACCAAGAUGGGACCUGAUAUCCAAUUUGAGAAUACUGGACAUUGAGUUUGCCACCAGUUUCAAGAUGUUCCUCGACAACUGGAAUAUCCAGACGGCGCUUUGGCUCAAAAGGGUGUGUUAUGAGCGCUGUCCCAUCAACCCCACAGCGGCCACCUUCCUACUGUCGGCCAUGUGGCACGGAGUGUACCCCGGGUACUACCUCACCUUUCUCACGGGCAUUGGCAUGACCAUGGCAGCACGGACACUUAGACACAACAUCAAACCGUACUUCCUGGGUUCCACGACACACAAGAGCGUCUACGAUGUCAUCACGUGGGCAGGGACUCAGGUCGCCAUCUGCUACACGGUUGUGCCAUUCGUCCUAUUGGCCGUUGGGCCGUCACUCAAGUUCUACAGGUCAUGGUACUACUGCAUACACAUCGCAUGCCUGCUGCUGGUGUUAGCCCUUCCAGUGAAGCCAUGGCACCUCCGCGCCAAGGAGGAGCAACCGCAGGAGAACAGCCUACAGGGGGGGUUGACCGGAGACCACAACAGCCACUCCAUCACAGACAACAAUUGCAACCAGAAACACAAAGCCACAUGAGACCCGGGAGGAAGCCCCUCCACCCCACACCUUAGAGCUCAAACAACCGGCACAGAGAGAACCAAACUCUGUGCGAACACUGAAACAAAGUGCAGCGAUUCUUUGAGACCACAAAGAACCCAAAAAAUUGACAGGAACACCGGAAUAACAGACAAUAACAAACUCAGUUUAACAACAACCCAUCAAACCUUCCAGUAGCGAGGAACGACAGCAAACCACGCUUUGGAUAAAUUAGAAGUAACGAGAAGAAUGGAUAGAGAAAUAUCCGAGGGCCACUAAACGGCUAGGAUCUAAUGAGUGAUAAUAAUGACAUUAGCGAUGAUGCUAAUGGUGCAAUGCUAAAUGACAGAAUGCCGAAGAGUGCAAAGAUCAUUGAAGUUUCCUUACCUCUGUGUAUUGCUAACUGCUAGGCUUGGUGCAGAUUCUGCAGGGUGAGAAAGGUUGUGUGGAGGGGGAGAGCUUGUGGCAUUGGGAAAUGAAGGAGUCGCAGUUUGACCUUGAGUGUAGAGGGCGCUAUACAGGCUAGUCAGACAUAGGUAUCGAGAGGAUUUUUGUCAGGGUAGGAAAACUAUCUAACCUCUACUAGGAAAAGAGAGAAAUAUGAAAGAAAUCACUUUUUUGUCAGAUGCCAACUACAAGCAGGCCUUAGGAUCCUCUAAACAUGGUUUGAUUAGUCACCUUUCUUUUUGGAGAUGCUGCUUUUUUGGAAUGAUACUCGUUCUUUACAGAAGGUUCAUUCACGGUAAUUGAUUUUAAGGGCUUUUUUGACAUGGGGUUAAUUCUGUGUAGCUUCCUUGUUUUCCUACUGUAUCUGAUUACAAACUGUAGGUUUCCUCUCGGUUCAUGUGUCUUGCCUACUUCUGUAACAUCAGUUACAAGUUCAGUUCUGUUUAACUGGUUUGAAAUCCUCAUGUAGGCUUCUAGUUUUACUAUGAACUCAAGUGGAAAUCUCCAUCUAGAUUCGUUUUUGAAUCCAUAGCCUCAAUGAAAUUGAACAAACUGUGUUGUUUGUGACCUCAUCACUCGUGGACAGACUGACCAAAUGAUGCAAGAUUUUAGUUCUUGGUUAAACCAAGAUUAUUUGACCUUACUGUAUGAGUAAUGGGAUAUACUGUAGGAUGUAACGUUUACUAUCACAAUCCAAAUGGACCUGAUUUUAGAUUAAUAUAAAUGACCUUUAGUAACACAGGUUGGGAAAAUAUGUAUUUGACAUUUAGGAAGCCUACUGUAUGUAACAUUUGUACGUGUGACAUAAUUGGAAAACAAAACAUAACAAUUCUUACGCUCCAAUCGUGAACCCUAACUUGUAUGCUCGCUUGUCUUGUGACCCUCUUUAAUAAACAAAACAACUAUUUCAAGCCAGAUCCCAGACAUGAGCCACAACCCAAGAGGUUCCCUCGUUCUAGUAAUGUGGAAAACUACUGGUGUACAAGAGUUCUAUCAGGUGGGGCCAACCAACUCUUCCAUGAGGUGGGGGGUGUUAAUUGUGGUGCAGAGGACAGCCCAUGAGCAUAACCUACACGUCCUGAUUAAUGUUCUACAGUGCCCUCUUUCUGGAGAGGUAUGGCACAUUCCAUCUCAUACAGUACAGGCAGGCAUAGAUGUGCCAUAGCCACAUCUUUUUGGACCACACACACACCAUUCAUUAGCUGGUAAGAGUUGGAUAAGUACUGUACUACAACCAAGAUGGGAGCCAAUGAACCAGUGUAGGGGUUUAUUUUGUGAUGAGUAACAACCAUGCAGCAGAUUUGAGUUUCCAAAUGUAAUCUUUCCCUAACAUGCAUACUGUACUCCUGCCAUAAAUGUGUGUAUGUGAUUUUUAAAUCUUCAUGUGGUCUAUAAGUGUAUUUGUAGUCGAGGUAUAAAUGCCAGAGGGGAAAGGUGUGCCAUCUUUACCAGCAAGUUGAUAAUUGCACUGCAUGGCCACCCAAAACUAGCCCGGUGAAACCAGAUGUAACACUACGCUCACCAUAGCUUGUGUAGUAUUCCAUCUGGUUUAACUAAGCUAACCCCAAACCAGCAGAUCAAUGCUAACUGCUCCAUAUGUCCAAAGUGCCGUGUGUGUGUGUGAAAGCAUAAUGGUUAUUUUUGUGUCAAGAAAGAAGAAACUUAUGGAAAGAUUUGUAUAAUGGUACUUAAAACUGAUUUAUGUCAAAGGGAAAUUAUUUUUUAAAUACUAAUACAGAGAUUUUAACCAAA